AUCCAUUCCACCUAUCCCUCUUCUCCCAUUACUAUACCUAUCUCUACUUGUCUCCCAAUUCAAUGGCAUACAAGUAAUUUACAAUCCAACCACCUUACCACCAUCAAAUACAACAUACAGCAACAACCAUGUCCUCCGAACUCCGCCAACGUCAAAAACCAACCCCAUCGAAACCCUCCAAAACCACUACCAAAUCAUCCUCCUCCUCAUCACCCAAAAAUGGCAUCUCCAUCCUAGACAUCAUCCGUGUGCUGGCCACACUCCUAAUCGCCUCGUGCGGUCUUUCCUACUACAUGACCUCAUCCGAAUCUAUCCUCUGGAACUACCGACCCUGGUUCACCCGCUGGCCAGUCCUAGUCCGCUACAUCCAAGGCCCCCUCCUCCUAACCCCCACCGAACUCUCCCUCUACAACGGCACGGACCCCACCCUGCCCAUCUAUCUCUCCAUCAACGGCACCAUCUACGACGUAUCCGCGAACCCGCUCGUCUACGGCGCCGGCGGCCACUACAACUUCUUCACGGGGCGGGAUGCGACGCGCGCCUUCGUGACGGGAUGCUUCAAGGAAGAUCUCACGCCGGAUAUGCGUGGCGUCGAGGAGAUGUUCAUCCCGAUCGAUGAUCCCGAGGAGGAGAAGCGGUUGAGUAAUGGGCAGAGGAAGGUGCGGAGGGAGCAGGAUUUGAGGAUCGCUAAGCAGAGGAUUCAUAAGGCCGUGGCGCAUUGGAUGGGUUUCUUUGCGAAUCAUAAGAAGUAUUAUGAGGUUGGGAAGGUUGUGGGACUCGACGAGGUUGUGAAGAGGGAGGAGGAGGAGGGCGUUAAGAGGGAGCUUUGUACGGCUGCGAGGCAGCAGAGGAUGACCAGGGAGCAGGUUGAGAAGGCGAAGGGGGGGAAAUAAGUAGGUCGAAUUAUUUAUAUAGUAGUAUGUAUGUAUGGUGUAUGAUAGUGGUUUUGGUGGGGGAGAAGAGGGGGGGUAUUAUCUUGUCUUGGGAAUUUGCUAUGGAAUUUGCUAUCUAGAUGAUAAAUAUCAUGUGAAGAUAU